AUGGCAAGUUGCAUUUGCUCCUUAAAGGACCCAGACAAUGGUCAUAGAGAAAAGCCUAAUCUUGAGCUCUCUAUUAAUGGUGAAGUAUUAUCAGCAAAAUCGAUCAUUAAGGUUUUAAGUAUAAAAUUUGACGAGAAGAUGAACUUUAAGGCACAUGUGAAGGGUUUGGCCCGUAAUAGGGCUACGGAACUAGCUGCUCUCCGACCUCUCUCUUCUUCCCUAAGUCCUGAGAGUUGCAAGAUCCUCUACGAAGCACAAGUGAGGCCUCCCCUCGAGUAUGCUCCACUAACAUGGAUAUCCUGCCCGGCUUCAUACCUCAGCCUCCUCGACAAGGUCGACGAGCGAGCGAGACGCAUCAUCAACGAAUGUGGUGGUGGAGUGGGAUUCGUCGGUCCAGCUUACAGUCUUCAACAUCGUCGGGACGUGGCGGGGGUCACGGCACUGCACAAGGCUACAUUCCUGGACAUUCCCUGGCUCUCGGCUCUCCGAGGAACUCCGAUGCGACGAACCUACGCCACUACAAGCCCUCCAGGUCUCUUUGUACCUCGGUCCAGAACCUCCCUCCAUCAAAGGUCCUUCAUGCCUCGAGUGACAAGGAAUGCUUUUAUUACGUCUGUUGACUCACUAGAACACAGUUUGACACAGUCAGUCAAAGUCUAG